AUUCAAAAAUGCCUUGUUGAAAUGCUUAUAGGUCAUUCCCAAUGUGCCUGCCCCAAAGCCUCCGUUUGAAAGCGAGGCUAAGUGUGAAGUCAUUGAUAUGAAAAUGAUUUUUUUUAUUCUCAUGCAUAUAAAACUCUUUUUUAGUAGAUACGUUUUGCACUUAGCCUCAUUUUGAAAGUGAGAGUUUUUGGAACUCAGAAAUGGCCUGUUCUUACUUGUACUUUUAAAUUAUUACCUAAAUUGAAGCCUAGCACAUACAAUAUUAAGAAAUAGAUUUGUAAUAGAUAUUGAGCAACGUUAUUGUGGAAUUUCAACAAUUUUGGGAAUACUGGCAACAUUAUCAAACUUUUAAAACUGAUCGAAAGAAACCUGAUCUUUCUGGUUUGACUUGUACAAGGCUGUGGUCUAACAGAGCCCGGUGGCCCGUGGCACCUAACUUUUGUUCUCGGGGGACUAGAAAAUCUUAGCUUUUUCAUAGAAAUCAUAUGCUGGGCACACUGGAUUUCACAAGUGCAGAGCACUGGGCUCCCUUCAAUUUUUCUUAGAGCACAGCCUUGCUGUACUUGUGUAGACUUUCUCAAAGCCCGUUUCCGGUUUCUGCUGGUUAGGUGGUCAUUUGGUUUAUGUCGCUCGUCUCACGACUUACGUCGCGGCGCUCACAUAGUCGACUUGUGGCAAGUCUAGUACUUGUGUUAUUCCUUGCUUUUGUAAAUAAAUAUUUUCAUAUUAUGUUGUUAUUAGAAUUUUAAAUAUUGCAGUCAUUAUUGUUUUACUAUGUUGUACCUGGAAAAUAAAUUAAGCCGUAUUGUUAUGGUAUUGAACUUACUCAAACUCGUUAAUACUUCAUAAAGAGAAUACAAAGGAAAUUACUGUUGAAUGAGUGUUUGGAAAUCAGAUGAAAAAUUAUCAUGUUUGCAUCCUUAAUUUCUUCUGCUAAAAUCUCUUUGUUUGAGGAGUAAUAUCAAGCAUUCGACACAGUGUUUCAUCACCAGAUGAAACACCUCGUUUCCUCAAAAAUACUCUUCUGCGCGUCGUAAUUUCAACUCUCCUCUCGGUGUUUCAUCUGGUGAUGAAACACUGCAUCUCAUGCUUGACAUACUACAUCCAACUGAACAAUGCUAAAGACGCAAACGUUUUUGUUUGUCUCAUUUUCUUAUUUUCGUCUCCUUGUUUAGACUCUAAAGAACAGCAAAACUGAAGCUGUUUUUGUGGCACAAUUUAUCUUUGCUAUCCUGUUUAUGAUAUUAUUGGAAGAACUGUAAGUACACAUCACCAUGAAUAUUAUUAUUACUGUCAUACAUUUCCAUAACCUUCUGGGCAUUGUCUCUCUUAUCUACUCCUUUUGUUUUGUUUUCCCAUUGUAGACGUAGCCUGCAGUGCAGGCGUUUUCUUUUGGUGCGUGAAUGUUUUUGCUCCAGAAGUCGCCAUGUUGCAACUUCCCAAAGAGAGGAGGAAAUGGGGUAAAUCAGAUUGAGCGGGUAGGGGGCGGGGAGGGGGCGGGGAUAGAGAAGAGAUAAAAACAGGCAAGCCCUCGAACCUACCCUAAGGGUUACUAUUUCUUCUCUCCCCAAUCUUUCUCUCUGUCAUAAAAUCAAAGAUGGCGGAUACAACAAUACGAACAUGAACAAGCUUUCGCCCACUCAAAAUACGCCUGCACUGUAGGGUGAUUGUAGACCAUGUGACGUUACCCCAGAGAACUGUUUAUCUCAAAUGUCAUCCUGUCCACGUGCGUGUGUCUGGAUAACUUAUGAAAAGACAAAAGGCAAAUUUCUUUGAGAACAUCACGUAGUCUGAAUUUCGAAAGCAAAUCGAAGUAAAAAUUGCACUGCCUUAAACUUAAUGGCGCUUAUUCCGUCUCUCUCAAUUCGUCAAAUGAUGACAAUUUUUUUCUGGAGUUGAGCUCCAAGGACUAUAUCAAAUUUCAGGAAAAGAUAAAGGAGGUCGUUGCAUUGUGUUCACGUCCUUCACAAAACUUGAAAUUUGACAGUUUCAAGGCAUCGUUUUCGUGCAGUGACGGUAAUAGUCUGCUACACAGUCGUUUUUAGAGUCGUCACGCAAUGCUCCUCCCCACUAACGUUUGUGGGGAGGAGCGUUGCGUGACGACACUAAAAAGGGCUGUGUAGCAGACUAUGACGGUAAGGAAAUGUACAAAAAAAGCGUGAUACACGUGUGAUACACGUGAAGAGUUGUCGUUUUACUAAUCUUGCCGUCACCGCCGUCGUUUCUUAAGGUCCCUGAUAGAACCAUGAUCACAGGCUACAUUCCUCGUGUCCAUCUUAACCUUAUCUUGGCUUACCUUUUCAGGGAAGAAGUUAAUAAGGACGAACCUGGUCUAUUUUACUGGAUUUACAUGUUCUUUUUCUGGAGUCAAUGCAUCAGCACAGUUGUCCUGGCUGUUUUAAUCGCAGCAAAGAGAAAUGAAGACGGUCCAAUAUUUGUGGUCAAGGUAAGGCCAGCUUAAUAGAUAUGUGGACUGUUCAUUUGAACUCCACCUUCAAAUAUGCUCUUGAUUUGCAUUUAAUUUUCUUUCCAGUUACUUGUUAUUGCUGGAGUAUUAUUUACCUUGCCUGGGGAUAUUCCGUCAUUUAUCUGGUCAACAUGCUUGAGUUGCUCAUGUGAGUACUAAAAUAACUUCACUGGGAAACAGCUUAUAAAAUAAGGGAAGUCAAUGGAAAAACUUUGUUCAAACAAACGGAGAAGUGGAAGCAAUGUAUACAUUGCCUUUUUGGAAGUCCUCAUUGCUGUCGCCAUCGUGGUUGCUUGAUUUUGUUUAAUAAUAGUCCCCUAAUGAAUGUCUUAGCUCGAGAAUCUGUCUGGUACACAGUCGAAGCUCUCCUUGCGACCACCGUCGACCAUCUCUAGUUACGACCACCUUCAACCAUAGACAAAAGUCUUUGGACACAUGUGCAUUUCUGGGGCGUUUUCCAAUUCAUACAGGCCCAACCCCUCCCCUCACAAACAACGUUGGACGCGUGUAUCCAGAAUUUUUUUCUGAGUUUCAACUUUGUACAGGGUGGGGGAAGGAAGAACUGCAAGAAAAUUUCGAAAGGGUGCACUGUUUUAUGAGGGAAAUUAAACUUUGCAAUGAAAAGCUCUCGUUAGCGAUUGCUCCCGUAAGCGGGCGCGAGAGGUCGCGCGAGAGAGCCUAUUCUCGUAAGCGAGUAGCCUGGGACUAGGCUCCGCAGUGGGGAAAAAAAAGCAAAAAAACGGGGUCCGUCACCCUUUCUCCUCCCCAGACUACCUCUCGGCUCGCUUUGCUCGCCGAUUUUUUUUCCCACCAACGCCGAUUUUUUCUCCUUUUUCCCACAAUACGGAGCCUGGUCCCAGGCUAGUAAACGAGCAGCUCUUAUUAUGACCACUUUUUUUAAUUUCUGAGGUGGUCGCUUACGAGAGCUUUGACUGUGCUAUUAACACCUAUCCGAUAUGCGACCUCCUUUUAGAGUUCGGCGCGGCACAGCUUCGCAUCGUUAGAGAAGUCGCGCCGAAAUCACCGUUCUUACGUGUGAACAGAAACCUUUUUUUAUCCGCUCGCAAAACGGGCAACAUGAAUGUGCAACUUGUUUUGCAACAUUGCUGUAAAACGAGUUGAAAAGCGAUGUUGAGCGUUUUACUAGCGUCGUUCAAACCUGUCUUACAACAAAUUAGGUUGUUGCAGAUUGCGAAAAGUUGUUGCGGGAGGUAGAGAGUAGUUCUACCCCUUGCAACAAAAUCUGUGCGUUUUGGGCGUUUUCCCAGUCCAAGGCAAACUUGUUUUGCAGCAAGUGACGUAACUCCCGUGUAUGGCGUGGUUUUAUCCAAUCAAAAAUCAGUAUUCACGCAACUUACAACAACCUGACGGACAGGUUUCAUUUGUGGAUGGUAAAACGUCGUUUUGUAGCAAUGUUGCAAAACAAGUUGAACGUUUCUGUUGCCCGUUUUACCGUAGCUUUAACUCCCUUUGUCUGAGCUCUAUGCUCGCUGUAUGUACUACGCCGGGCUGAACUUUAGAACAUGUCAAGUAUGGUCUUUUAGCGACAACGUGUGUUUUGUUUUAACUUGAACUCCUGCUUGAACUCAGAAAUUCUUAGGCUCGAUUACCAGCCGCUGUUCGGGAAUUGAGCCCGCGCUCCUUCCCCGGAGACCGGGAUAGCGACGGAAAUCGAGCCUAAGAAAUUUUCCGCAGCAAAUUGCCCUUAAGUCAGUAGAUGUGCCAGACCUGUUCCCGCAGGAGACCUUGUGGUUCAAUUUCUGUAAACGACCACCUCCCGAAGGCGUCCGCUUUCCGUAAGCGACCGCUAAAUUUGCGCAUUUUGAGUAAUCGUUUACAGGAGGAACGACUGUAUGAACAAUUCUUGUACAAUUUUUUACCCAGGUAGUCCAAAGUAUUUCCUGACGGCGUAUGAUAUUGCUCUGUUCUUGUCAAUUCCUUCGAUUAUAAUUUUCUUCAUUGUUCUCCGGACAGAGUUCCUCAGACUUGAUCAGGUAAGCCGCUCAACUACUCGAUUAUUCAGUUACUGAACAUCAAAACAGUCGGGUUUUUUCUCAAAAUCAGUAAAGCAUUGGCGUGUAAAUGCGCGAAGGGCACCAACGCCCGAGGGUGUCAAUUUUCGCUCUCUGUUUUCAAUAAGACCUUUUGUUUUUCGCGUACUUCAAUACGCAAAAAUACGGACUGUUUUGCAGUCUAAGUCACCGAACAUUGACUGAUCUGUUCCCGCAUUCCUGUAAAUAGGGCACCUUUUGAAGGUGUCAUUUUUGCACCCAGUAAGAACAUGUAUUUUCGUUAUAUGUACACUCUUAGCUGCAAUUGACGGUACAUUAAUGACUGACUCAUCCUCGAUUCUGGCAUUUUACAUUGAAUGUCUCGUUUUAUUGAAGUCAGAAUCUUAUUUAUGCGUUUACAUAUUCAUAAACAUGUGUUCUAAUUAUUUUUUUCAGGAAACGCAGUACAGAGUUAUUGGAGGAGAAGUGGACUCACUGUUUUCCGUUCACUCAGAGACAAUAGCUGAAAAUUAGAGACAAGUUUGCGUCUCGCAGAUCAAUUAUUUGCCUCAGCGGAAUAAUUGAUCUGUUCGCUACUGACAAAUCACGAUAUUUUGCUCAACCUGGUCCAAUAAUUGUUAAAUAUUAUCAACAGUUUAGGGAAGAAUCCUCCAGCGCGAAAAAGAGUGGAUUCUUGGACGUGAAUUACAAAGAAUAUUAUUGACUUAUAGAGAUGACAAAAGUUCCUAUUUUUGAUUUUCUUUUCCAGUCUUAAAUUUAUAUUCAUAAAUGCUAGUGUUGUGGUACAUUUUCACGAGCCUAUACAUUUUCAUGAUAUGUUGACCCCGGUCUAGUGGGGUAAGUUUCUUUUGUUUUGUGUCCCCCAGAGCGUGAAAACAAAAGAGAACCAACCCCACUAGACCGGGGUCCCCCACUCCAUGUAAACAGGCCCUAAAUGUUAUUUUCUUUUGUUAAAAACUCCUUAUCAUACAUUACCAUACCUCCAAACAAAAGAAAAUAAAUUUAAACCGAAGAUAAAAUUGAGCCACAACAGAUGUUUUGUAUAUAUUAGUAAGAAAGUAACGGUUCCAUGCAUAUAACGCCUUCUUUGUUGUAACAUUGCAAGACUUGUGCAUGUGCUAGUUUGGUCUUAGUUCCACUCUAUUAGUGUUAAACAUGAAGCAUUUUGAUGUCGGAAAGUAAAAGUAGCUUAUUAUUAAAAGCCCCAACGACUCUGAACUAACUCGAAGCAAGCAGCUUUAGCAUGCGCUGCGCGUGAACGCGUGAUAUUAAAAGCGUGCGUUCUGUGUGCAGUAUUAACCCAUUCGCUCCUGGAGAUUUUGCCGAAAAACGCGUUUUGAAGCUAGUCGAGUGGUUUUCUGGUCACUGUCGUGCUAUAAAGAGCUAAAACUUACCACAAACCGGUUUACAGGUCGUACACUUCGCGGCCUUCUGAUCCAGAUGCAAAAUAUCAGCUUGCGAAGUUCGGGCAUGCGCAGAAAGCAAAAGUGACACUUUUGUGUCACUUUUGAGUGGGUUUAAAAGUGACACAGCAGUCUUGACUUUUACUUUUCGCUUUCUCUCCUCCCUUCUUUUUUCGCUUUUCUUAGUAGGCUUCAUUUUGGUGGGAAGAGUUUUUAGGAAAGCUUUUAGGAUCUUAGGAUUAGGUGAAAGGAAAGGUAGGUGGGUAAUGGAACAAGAUUUUCGUGGAGAUUUUCAGGUCCUUGUCACGUGGUUUUUUGCUUCUUUCUCCGGUGUCCUUGACUGAAUUGUGCUCAUUCUGGUAUGGUUUGAAAGAUCUCUUCACCCUGCACAAGUUAGCGAAAAAAGUUGUCCUUGACCGUUAAAACUGAUGACGUCACAAAGGGUAGAAAGGACCUGGAUCCGCACGGGCGGCUACGGGCGGUUCAGGGGCAAAUGGGUUAAACAGACUUGCACUUUGUUUUGAUUGGAUCCCAAACUGGGGCUCAUGAUCGACCAAAAAAGCCUUCAGAAAUUUCCAAGGGUGACUAAAAAAGGAUAAAAUGCGCUAUCUUGUGGCCUGAAUUUUAUCCGAUUGCUUCGAUUCGUUUUAUCGUCUCGGUAACGACGUUACUGAUAGCCUGCGUAGCAUGGCGGUUUCGGUUGCUAAGUAAUAAAGGCGGGCGAGGGCAGGAAAACGGCGAGGAGAUUGGGGCAGGAGCAGGUUUUUAUUUUUCUCGCGGCUUCGCCGCUCGUUCUCGCACGCUUCGCACGCGAAUUUCCCGGCUUCACCGCUCGUGCGCCCGGCUCGACAAAACCGCCAUGCUACGCAGGCUACGUUACUGAGGGAGUAGUAAUAACGACUCGAAGUAAUCGGAUGAAAUUCAGGCUACAUAUCUUGCGAUUCUGUUUCAAAUAUACAUUGGCGUUCUAAACACGUAAAAUACAACUAAACACUCUACGAACCAGAGACUACGGCCCGCCACGAUCUUCUGCAUAUCACUUUUUAUUUGAAGGUGACGUUUUGAAACGGACCUUACGACAUUAGGACGGGAACGUUUAUUUAAACGAAGACUAAC